ACUUGAUCACGACCACCAGUGCAAAGUGAAACUUGCUCAGAAUGGGCCAACAGCAACGCUUCAGCUAUUACAAGUCGGGUUUGUUGGACGAAUCGUUAUUUGGCAAUAGACUGACUGCAGACCAGCAGCCCCCGCAGGUUCAACAGCCCAAUUACACGUUUCGUGGUGGUCGCAGGUUGGCACUUCUUGAUCAGACGCUGCUUGGACGCAGGGUGGUCAGGGCGCCUGGUAGACUAUGGGAUCCUCUGCACGGCUGGGUGGACCCAGCUAUGCCCACGCAAGUGUGGGUCAAGAAAAGGCCACCUGAUAAAAGGGAGGAAGGAGAGAGCGAAUGGCCUAUUGGAAAGGUGGCCAAAGAGUUUUGCGAAGACACUUCCUUGCACGGCGUUCAAUAUCUUGCUGGAAACUUUUUAUUUGAGAGAAUUUUCUGGGCAUUUGCUCUGUUACUUGCUUUGGCGGGUGCCGGCUUGCUGAUCAGAGAAGCUUACCAAAAGUGGGUAGACGCUCCAGUAAUUUUAUCAUUUUCAACCAUCUCCACUUCAGUUGCUGAAAUUCCCUUCCCAGCCUUCACCGUCUGCAAUAUGAACAAUGCGCGAAAGGGAGUUGCAGAACGUGUUUUGAACAGCAAUGACGGAUUGGAAAGUGAACGAGAUAAAAUUCUCCUGGAAGAUUUUUGCUCGGUGGACACUGCAAUCACAUUUGGCAGAACAGAACCAACAGAAAGGGUUGAAGCCUCAUCCACUGAAGGCCAGCCCUUCGCCCGACAAGUUCACCCGCGCUGGUCCCACAUUAAGGAAUUUCUUGUCCGAUCAACACAGCCAUGCCAUGAAAUGCUAGUGGCGUGUGCGUGGCUCGGACUGAACAGGAACUGCUCCAACCUAUUUAACACAGCUCUAACAGACGAAGGCCUUUGCUGCUCCUUCAAUAAAGUACCCAGAGACUUCCUUUUUCGAAACCCUCGAGAUCUGUCCGAUUUAAACGUGACGUUUCCUUUCCCGGCGGUGGACUGGACGCCUGAGGAUGGCUACCCUAAUAAUCAUCAUCCGCAAUCUCUUCCGUGGAGGGCAAUCGGGGCUGGAAAGCACCUCGGCUUAACAGUGGUUCUUGACUGCGAAAAACAUGAAUAUUUCUGCUCCUCCACAGCUUCACUUGGAUUCAAGUUGCUUCUGCACAGUCCCGUGGAGACACCAAAAUUGCAGAGUUUCGGUUUCGCUGUUCGUCCCGGCUCGGAAAAUUUUAUAUCAAUUCAGCCUAAAGUUCGCAAGGCAAAUCCGGCUGUGAUCUCUGUGCCAUUAAGCAAACGGAAUUGCUAUUUUGCUUCGGAGCGCUACUUACGUUUCUACCGCACAUACACGCAGCACAACUGUAUCCAGGAGUGCGAAGCCAACUACACCGUCUCCAUUUGCGGCUGCGUUCUAUUUUAUAUGGCCAAGGACCAGGACGUGCGUAUUUGCGGCAAGAGGGACUACAAGUGCGCGCAAGAGGCGCGGGCCAAUAUGGAAUUGAGUCUGUAUGGGGAGGCGGCGGACCAGGGUGGUCCCAACAGACCAUCGUGUCGCUGUCUACCCGGCUGCAGUGAAAUCAGCUACUCGGCCAGAAUUUCAUCGUCUGCCCUGACAGACUCAUUUUCAGCCAAAGAGCGCUUCACGCCGCUUUCAGAUCACCCUGUCAACAUCACCUAUUUCAAGGAAAACUACGCAAUUGUGCACCUCUACUUCUCCGAGCCGGAGGUUACCGCCUACGAGUUGAAUGAAAUAAACGACUAUGUGGGCUUUCUAAGCAACACCGGCGGCCUGCUGGGACUCUUUCAUGGUUUCAGCAUUCUCAGCUUAAUUGAAAUUCUUUACUUUAUGUCAGUUCGGUUGUUAGGCGCGAGGAGAGCACGCCAGAAAAAAGUACGCCAAUUGCGCGCGCCACGCAGAAGACCAUUUUCGUUUGUCAACUGAAAAUUUAUAAUAUUUAUUUAUUUUGUUUUUAAUCUUAUAUAUAAAUGUUAAUAUAAUUUUGCAAUUACAAAUAAAACUGAA